AUAGUUUGGUGCAAAGUGACAAAAAGGAGAGAAAAAAAAAGGUCGAUCUUGGAGAUUUCAUACUUUUUCUGGGCAAAUCUGUUUGGUUGCAGAGGAAGUGAGCCAAAACAAUGGGGAUCGUUUCAGAAGAAGCCAUUGAUGAAUUCCAAGAGCUGAUGGAUCAAGUUGAGGAGCCAUUGAAGGAAACAUAUGAGAGAGUCCAUCAGGGAUUUCUGAGAGAGAAUUUGGGUCGUUUUCUGAAAGCACGAGACUGGGACGUAUGCAAAGCUCACACAAUGCUGGUUGAGUGUUUGCGUUGGAGGGUGGAUAAUGAAAUUGACAGUAUCCUAUCCAAACCUAUUGUUCCUACUCAGUUGUAUAGGGACGUACGAGAUUCUCAACUCAUAGGAAUGUCAGGUUACACCAAAGAGGGCUUGCCUGUCUUUGCUAUUGGCGUCGGCCUCAGCACAUUCGACAAAGCUUCUGUUCACUACUAUGUCCAGUCCCACAUACAAAUCAAUGAAUAUAGAGACCGUGUAUUACUGCCUUCUAUCUCUAAGAAGAAUGGGCGGCCAAUCACCACCUGCGUCAAGGUUCUAGACAUGACGGGGUUGAAGCUUUCAGCGCUAAGCCAAAUCAAGUUAGUGACUAUCAUAUCGACCAUCGAUGAUCUCAACUAUCCAGAGAAGACAAACACAUACUAUGUUGUGAACGCUCCAUAUAUAUUUUCUGCAUGUUGGAAGGUAGUAAAACCUCUUUUACAAGAGAGGACACGGAAAAAAGUUCAUGUCUUAUCCGGUUGCGGAAAGGAUGAAUUAUUGAAGAUUAUGGACUUCACAUCCCUCCCACAUUUCUGUAGAAGUGGAAGCUCUGGGUCAUCUCACCACACUCAGAGCGCAAAUUGUUUUUCUAUCGAUCAUCCCUUCCAUCAACAGCUAUACAACUAUGUGAAGCAUCAUUACGAAACCCGGGGACAAGCAGAACCUGCAAAGCAAGGAUCGUUCCACGUGGGUUUUCCUGAGCCUGAAGCUGAACGUUGUGUGAUAGCCAAAACCAUAGAAUCGGAACUGCACAAGUUUGAGAACCGCAACGGUCUGGCCAUGUCCAUUGAUGACAGAAAAGCCAGUCAUGAAACACUGGCAGAUGAUGACCUCUGAAUGCUUCUGAGGGAAUUCCUUCAGUGCCUCCACAAUUAAGAUAUACAUUUUAC